AUGUCUUAUCAGGUUAAAGAUUUCUUCCACGCCAGACACGACGAGAAUCCACCCGCUGAGUUUAUAAUUUGCUCAUUACAAACUUUAAUUUCUAGUUUUUCAUUGAGCGACAUGACCGUGAAGAAGAAGGCUAAUCAGGAAGGUCCAACGAAAAAUUUUGUGACUAGGACCCAGGCCCUCAAAAAAUUGCAGGUUUCCCUGAAAGAUUUUCAACGUCUAUGUAUAUUAAAAGGCGUAUAUCCCAGAGAUGUGGCCAGAGGAGGUACAUUGACCAGUAAAGGUAUCAAUAGGCGCAAACUAAAGAAAGACAAGAUAUAUUAUCACAUAAAUGAUAUCAGAAACCUCGCAAGCGGCGACCUGUUAUCAAAAUUUAGAGAUAUAAGUUCGCAUUUGAAGCGUUUUAAGAGAUUAGUUGCUAGAGAUGAAUUAUAUGAUGCCAAACUGAAGCUGAAAAACAAGCCAAAGUAUUCUUUGACCGCCAUUGUUAAACAGAGGUGUCCUUCUCUCAUUUCUGCUGUAUCUGAUCUUGACGAUGCUAUUUCUACUAUCGCAGCUGUUUCGGCGUUACCUGGUGACCACAAAAGGGACCUGAACUUAUCGAUGAUUUCAAAAUGCAGUACUCAAUUGAACUACUUUCUAAAGUAUGUCAGUGACACGGGAUCUCUAACUAAGACCUUUAUCUCAAUUAAGGGUUUCUAUUUUCAAGCUCUCAUUCUGGAGAGACCAGUGACAUGGAUUAUUCCACAUGCAUUCUCACAGAGCCUACCACAUGAAGUUGAUUUCAAGGUAAUAAUGACGUUUGUGGAGUAUUAUCUUGAAUUGCUAAGACUGGUGAACUACAAACUCUAUCUAAUGGCUGGUAUGGAGUAUCCACCCAAAAUUAAAAAGGGCUCUGAAAAUCUUCCUGAAGAUUUUUAUAACUUUGAACCAAGUAAUGCAGUCAGAACUUCGCAGGGUCUUUUCCAUGGUUUGAAAUUUUACGUUGCACGCGAAGUUCCACUUUGUCCCACCUCCUUGAUCAUUCUAAGUUGUGGAGGUGAACUGGUGGAGAAUCCCAAGGAUGCGACACAUAUCAUAUUGGAUAGGCCAUUGGGAGAGAGGGAGUUUUCUUGUGAAUAUGUCCAGCCACAAUACAUUUUUGAUUCCUUAAAUUGCAAUGUUUUGUUGCCAGUUGGUGAAUAUGCUCCUGGAGUCACUCUUCCUCAUCAUUUAUCGCCAUUUUCGACUGAUGACGGCUAUGUUCCAGACCGCAGGAAGGAGUUGGAUAUGUUUAUCAAGCAGGAGGCUGAGAAUCUUCUCCAUUCAGAUGACGAAUCUUUGAAGGAGCAGCAAUUGAAGUAUUUGGACGAACUGAAGCAAGAAUUGAAUCCUGAACUGAGAGAAAUGCAAAAGUCGCUGAUACCAAAGAAACACAGGCGCCUGCUUUCCAAAAUUGAGUAUGGACGAAAGAGAAAGGCUGAGGCUGCAGAGAAACUCGCUUCCAGAAAGAAGACUAUAAAGAAAUAA